AUGACUAAAUUCAGGCCGUGCAUUGACCUUCACUCGGGCCAGGUCAAGCAGAUUGUGGGAGGAACGCUGAGUGACGUCUCCUCGGACCUGAGGACCAACUAUGUAUCCAAGCUCCCCGCCGACCACUAUGCAGGUUUGUACCAGAAGCAUGAUCUACGUGGAGGGCACGUUGUGAAGCUUGGCCCGGGAAAUGACGAUGCAGCUAAGGAGGCACUGAGUACAUGGCCAGGAGGAUUGCAGGUUGCUGGGGGUAUCACGGAUCAGAAUGCGCAGUAUUGGAUUGACCAGGGUGCUGAGAAGGUCAUUAUCACAUCGUUUCUAUUUUCGGAGGGCAAGUUCUCUCAAGAGCGGUUAGAGCGCGUUCUCGCUGCUCUUGGAGGCGACAGGUCAAAGCUGGUCUUGGAUCUGAGCUGCCGCAGAAAGGAUGAUACUUGGUUCGUGGCUAUGAACCGCUGGCAGACAAUUACAGAGAUGGAAAUUAACCAAGAAUCUAUCUCAUUCCUGGAACCGUUCUGCUCCGAGUUCCUCAUCCACGCGGCAGAUGUGGAAGGCUUGCAGCAGGGUGUUGACGAAGAUCUGGUCGCUAAGUUGGCUAAAUGGUGUACAAUUCCUGUUACAUACGCGGGAGGUGCGCGGCAUCUCCAGGACCUUGAGAAGGUCCAUGUCAGCAGUCAAGGAAAGGUCGAUCUUACUAUUGGUAGCGCUUUGGAUAUAUUUGGAGGGUCUGGUGUUACCUUUGAUGAGUGCAUAGAAUGGAAUAAGGCGCACUGA